ACCCAAACAAAAAUAUCAAUGAAUUCUGCCUCAAAAGCUCACGGAACUCUUCCGCCUGAAUUAAAGCACAACGAACUUAAUUAAACGAAAUAAGAGACAUCACCAGUGAAUAAAGCAACGAAAACCCCAAAAUGCGAACGUCGCGCUCAGACCUUGACGCUAUACCUGACCAGUACCUAGAGACGAUAGCUCAUUAUCUAAUGGGCAUGAGGAACGACACAGUGGACCUCUCGAAGCCGCAGCUGCGGCCCUCCUUCACCAACAACUAUGCCCUUUUUAUACUGCUGUACGUUGUGAUGAUUACCUGCGGCACGAUCACCAACAUCAGCAUGAUUUACCACAUCAUGCGGCAUCGGCUCUACCGAGACCCCACGUACGCUUAUCUGAUCAAUAUCGCGAUAUCAGACGUGACAAAAUGCAUAUUCGUGCUACCCAUCACUCUGGCGGUAUUGCUGGUGCAGAACUGGAUAUUCGGAAAGUUCCUGUGUUACUUCCUGCCUAUGCUUCAGGACAUACCCAUUCAUGUAUCCAUGAUGACUUUCUUACUGAUUGCCGGCGACAGAUACCGGCUCGUGAGUGUACCUGGAAAGCCGAGAAUUCCAGCGUUCGUCUGCGCCCUUGGUACCUGGUUCUUCGCAGUUUGCAUUGUCCUACCAUACGCGAUUUAUACUACUUAUCUCGAUCUCGAGAGCUUCAAGAAACUGCACUUCCGAGGCCUGGGAAUUUGCCUGGCUAAUCUCACUGAUGAUAUACAGCAGUACAUGAGGAGCUUAUUUUUACUUACUUACAUCGCUCCACUGACAGUGACGGCCUACCUCUACGUCAAAGCCAGCCGAGAACUCCAGGACCAGGACGAGCCGAUGGGAGUGGCAAUGUUCGAGGCCCGAGCGAAGAACUACUCGCGACACAGCAGCAAUACCAGCAAUGAUGUAACAUUACUUCGGGACGGAAAACGUGAGAGCGGUAGCGUGAUGACUAGCGGAACUGUUGGGCUCUCCGGUUUUUCAACUACCUACGAUCUUUAUGACGCUGAACUGGACGUGAGGAAGGAGAAGCGUACACAGAAAUAUCUCAUCUUCAUGGUUUCGGUUUUUGCUAUUCUGUUGUGUCCGCUCAUGGUACUCAGAUUGGCGAAGCCUGCUCUCAUCGAGACUUACGAAAAUACCGGUCACUUUGACAUAACCUUCACCAUGUUUGUUUGGUUGGGAUUUGCAUCAACCGUCACAACCCCAAUGUUGUACGCCUCCUGGCAGAUGAGUCGUCCGGCGAAGGAGCGUUUGAAGGGAUACUUUCAAUUUUCCACUAAGCGACUGCAACCGGUACUGGAGAAGGGUUUGCGUCACAGUAGUCGCCACGAGGGUGGCCUUGCGAACGUUGCAUACACCCCUCAAGCACGAGCCGGUAGUUUGAGCGGAAGCAACGGGAGUGACGAAUAUACCCGAGGCAAUUCGAGUCUUCAACGUCCGGAUCUCAUCAACAAUGCGCAUCGGAUGAGUCCGGUACGUUGAGGGAGUGGGAGAUUGUACGUUUUCCUUGGAGCUUUUCAUUCUCGAAUUAUUGGAUAAUUGUUGAUGACAUCAAUUCUAAAUUAUAUUGAUCCGCACGAUUUGGCCCUUUAUUCUGUUUAUUUUGACGUCAUUGUGCCAAUCUUUGAUUAAAUCAAUUUGGAGUUGCAUGGAAGACGAACGAAAUCAUUAAAAUCAGAUGACUCACUCGAGAGAAAAAAUUUGCUUGAGGGGAAGUACUUGAGAGAAAUUAAUCAA